GUUCAGGAAUGUGUGGAAAGGAUUUGGGAUAGACAGCAAGGGCUCCAGGAAGACGCGAUCUAACCCUUUCUUUCACUAAUACAAUUCAGGAUAUCGAAAAGUUAGUGUUUUUGGUAACGUAAGAAUCCUACUGGUCAUUGCUCAUUUAGCACCCGGGUCCCCGUCACUGUAGCUCCGCCUCAGGUCAACAGCCGCACACCUGGUCCUGGAUCAGCGGCAGGUUCAGGCGAGCACCGAGUGGAGCGACUGACUUCACCGCCGCAGGGACAGGUUGAGGAGCCGGUGUUGCUGAAGAAGGAAGAGGAGUCGGCUGAGGCAUCCAUAAACUUGGCACCAAAGGAAGAUGGGCGAGUCACCAGAUAGAGAGGAUGGCACAGUCACUCGCACAGCUGAGUAUGUGGGGUCAUUUCCUGUUGACGAUCGCUGUCUGGAUGACCAAAUUGAACAACUGCACACUCAGCUCAGAUGUUUAAGGGCAUGCAAAUCAAAACGGCUUGUAUCACUAAAAUUUUCCAUCAAAGGAGUUAAAAUAUAUGAUGAGGAUGAAACGACUCUCCUGAUGGCCCAUGCACUUCACAGAGUGUCUCUGUCCACUGCUCGCCCUGCAGACUCCCAGUUUGCCUUUGUAUCCCACAACCCAGGCAGCACAGACGCACAACUCUACUGUCAUGUAUUCAAAGCCCGACACACAAGAGCUGCCCAGUUCCUGAACCUGCUCCUGUGCAGAUGUUUCCAGCUAUCAUAUUUGCAAAAGCAUCCAGAGGAGGCGGCCCAGGAGAAGUCCACUGGUUCUGCUCCUCGCCGAAACCCAUCCCUGCUAAACCACGGCUUCCCCCUCAGUGUCAGUGCACUGGUGUCCUUCAGGAGAGCGCCCUUUAGAGGGUGGCUGCCUGGCUCAAAGAAGAAUGGUAAGUCCUCUGAUGACCAGCAGAGCAGCCAGGAUGAAGUCUUCUCCUCAUCCCCUUCACUGACUCGCAGGAAAGCCAUCCACACCAAAAUCCUGCACUCGGGGGCCUACCGCUCCUUCACUUUUACUCCCCACAAACAGCGCACGAUUCAGGAGCAGCUAAAGUCAUCAUCAGCAAAGGAACCAGAAGCUCCGCAGAGGAGGUCUCGAGCCCCAAGCCUGGCCGAAACGGAAGAAGCACUUGCACAGGCAGUGUGGUGCUGGGCUGGAAUCGCAACUGAUAGUAGCUACUCCCUCCUGGCAGAUGAUGUCCUGGGAGCAUAUCUUGUGUGUCCACAUCCAAAGAAACCCAAAUGUGGCAGUCUGAUCGUUCGUUUCCCCACUGGCCUGAACACUCACCUCAUAGAACAAACACGUAAAGGAAAAUUUCAGCUUGAGAAAUGUAAACGGGAGUUUAGUUCCUUGGCCGAACUAAUUGAACACUACACAGGGACACUGGAUGAGCUGCCUUGUCUGCUGAGCUGUGCCAGAGUUAACCACUGUUAUGAGUGGGAGGAAGAUGCCAACAAACCACAGCAAGCUGUUAAAACUCUGGACAACCUCAAAACAAGGACAAAAAGUACUGAUUUAAGGGCUUAAGGCCUGAAACUGGACUGAUGUGUAAGCUACGACUAUUUGUAUGAUGAUUAUUCGUUUGCACUUACAUCUUAAUCACUGGUGUUGGGAUCUUUGUGGUGGUGUUCUGUUGUACACUUUGAAACACAUCUUUUAAAAUAUCAGCACUUCUUUAGGUGCUUUUGUCAAAUUUUCAAAAAAGUUUAAAUAUGCUGCUGUUAUUUCAGUAUUGUCAGUCUGUUUUUGUAUGUCUUAAAGGCAAUACUUGUACAUAGUUUUUUUUUUUCCUUUGGACUGCUGCCUUGAACAUUUUUAAUCUACAAUGUGUGCAAAUAUAUUUGCUCCAGUUGUUAUCGGCUGGUCUUUUCAUAUACUCUGUGUACGAGUGUGUAACUAUACACUAUAUCUGUGUAAACUAUACACAUAUAAAUGUCUAAAACCAUCA